UGUUUAACUGUUAUUAAAUUAUUUCAAGAUUAUCCCAAAAAAGAUCAAUUGAUGCAAUAAAGGCAUUAUCGCUCUUUUAUUUAUUAAGAAUAAUGAUAUCAUAAAAAUAACUGUGAAGAUAAUAACAGGCUUUUGACGCAGCUUAUAUAAAGACAUGGAUGUCAAUAAUAAUUAUUUAGUCCCUUGAGCUGAAACAACAAUGAAUUCGUGCAUAUACUUUAUUUUAAUUUCUUUUUGGACAUUCUGUUCGAGUGAACCUGAAUGCUCAAAAUUUCAUUACGAGGAAAGAACUCUUGAAAAAAUUAUCAAAACUGAAUUCAUUAUUGAAAGGCUAAAGUCUGAGCUUUCAGAAAGGGAUGGAAUCACAAAAGCAGCAAUGGAGAAAAAUCAAGAAGACUUGGAGAAAAUCAAAAACGACCUUGUAGAUUUUGAGGAAAGGCAUGAAAAAGAGUGCAAAGAGAAAACGGAAAAAGCUUCAGCGGUUGCCUUCAGAGCCAGUAAUUUGAAGAAUCUCAAUCCCAGCACAGGUGAGACAUUGAUAUUUACUACAACGCAUUUCGACAAGAACGCCGGCUAUGAUAAUAGAACAGGCAUCUACACAGCAGCAACUAGAGGGUUAUAUCUAUUCACGUGUCAAUUAUGUGUGCAUCCCGACAAGAGAGUUUUAAUUAACUUUAGUGCAAGGUCGAACGAUAGUAAAUAACAUGUACAGGGAUGGAAGGUAAAAUGAACGGCGCUUGCCGAAGAAUGGUAGAUGUUUUGGUACUUGAUACAAAUGAACAAGUGCGCAUAAAAGUCGGCAAUUUUUCAGGCAGCACUGUCUUCUGGGAAAAUUCGUCUGGUACAAAUAUUUUUUCCGGAGUUCUGAUUAGUAUUUAAAACGUACGUGCUGCUGGGAGU